UAUUUAAUUCAGUAGGGGUGGUGGGGGGGCCACUGGUUACCUGCUGCUCCUGGACCCCAGGUUUCUGUGCUGCACACCUGUCAGGAUUCAAACAGGAGGAAGACAUGAAACCAUCAGAGCCUGCAGCACCGACAGCUUUGUGCAGACACAAACUGAGUUCAGGAGUUUCGGACCUGAAUAUUUGGUGCAAUGCGAACACUAGAACCGCUGCAUGUGUUAGCAGAUAGAAACCCCCCCCACACACACACACCCUCGCUCCAUCUAUCCAUCGCUAUAACAAUCAUAGGGCGGGUGGUGCGACUCGGUCCGCACCGCUGCUGUCGUCCUCCGAGCCUCCGCGACCCCCCAGCAGGAACCGGCAGGGCGUCUCUCCCGUCCAGUGAUGUGAACAGCGGGGAGACUCAGGCCCGCGAACCGCCACGUCAGACCGAUUAGUCAAAUAAGCUCUCGGGUGGGGAGGAGGACAUACCUGCCUCCCCCCCUCCUCUGCUCGCGGGCUUGCCUCGCCGCAUGUACGGACUCAGACGCCGCUGCCAGACAGCACAGGAAGCUCGGAGGAAUAUAGAACUUUUCCUUAUUUAUUUUAUUGUUUUUAUUGUUUGUUUUUGUUCGGCUGGGCGAGACCGUGACGGCGUGUCCUCCCCUCCCGUCUCUGCCCCUCUUUUUCUGGGCGAAAUGGCGAAAGAAAACGGCGAGCCCGGCGAUGGAUCCUGGAAAAAGCACGUAGAUGACAUCAAGAAGGUCUUUGACUUCAAGGAAGUCCUCGGGACCGGUGCGUUUUCUGAAGUGGUGAUGGCUCAGGAGAAGGCCACGGGAAAGAUGGUCGCAAUCAAGUGCAUCCCAAAGAAGGCGCUGAAGGGGAAGGAGACGAGCAUCGAGAACGAAAUCGCCGUCCUCAGGAAGAUAAAGCACGAGAAUAUCGUGGCUCUGGAGGACAUCUACGAGAGCUCCAAUCACCUGUACCUCAUAAUGCAGCUCGUGUCUGGAGGGGAGCUGUUUGACCGCAUCGUAGAAAAGGGUUUUUACACUGAGAUGGAUGCCAGUCGACUCAUCCGGCAGGUUUUAGAUGCAGUCAACUAUCUGCACUCCAUGGGCAUCGUGCACAGAGACCUGAAGCCUGAAAACCUGCUUUACUUCAGCUCUGACGAUGACUCAAAGAUCAUGAUCAGUGACUUCGGCCUGUCCAAGAUGGAGGGCACGGGGGGUGUGAUGGCCACGGCCUGUGGGACUCCUGGAUACGUGGCUCCGGAGGUUUUAGCUCAGAAACCGUACAGUAAAGCAGUGGACUGCUGGUCCAUCGGGGUCAUCGCUUAUAUUCUGCUUUGUGGUUACCCUCCUUUCUAUGACGAGAACGACUCAAAGCUGUUUGAGCAGAUUCUCAAAGCAGACUAUGAGUUUGACGCACCGUACUGGGAUGACAUAUCAGACUCUGCCAAAGACUUCAUCAGCUGCUUAAUGGAGAAGGACCCUGAGAAGAGAUUCACAUGCGAUCAGUCUCUGGAGCACCCCUGGAUUGCAGGAGACACGGCUCUCUGCAAGAACAUCCACGAGUCAGUCAGCCGGCAGAUGAGGAAAAACUUCGCCAAAAGCAAAUGGAGGCAAGCGUUUAACGCGACGGCUGUGAUCCGCCACAUGAGGCGCCUGCAGCUGGGCACCAGCUUUGGAAGCAGCACCAACUCUGUGCCGAGCCAUCAGAGCCGGGCUCCGGCCAAGAGCCAGUCUGUGGACUGCGCCCCGCUCUCCCUGAAGGACUGUCCUCCUAUAGCUCCUUUUAAAUCUGCCGUCAAAGCACAGAAGCAGGACUCUGAUGGUCCUGCUCCUGUUCCACCAGAGGACCUGCCAUUGGUGGCUGAGCCCCCUCGGCCCAGACCCUCCACGGUUACGGUCAUCCACACUGGGACUAAAUGACGCCAGGUUCCGCGGGAGGUCAGCUGGGAGACCACAGAGCUUUAAGACCAUGAGGGGGUUAAAAAAUAUAUAUAAAUAUUUUUUAAAAACCACCCCAGGUUUUGUGAUUCAACAUGGUCGCCCAGUUUUCCCAUCCCGCUGCCUCCCAUCUGUUUCUGCCAAAUCUGGGAGGAAUUUGAGGAGCUGCGGCUCGUCGCGCUGCUUCCCUUCCCGCUGUCAGGCAGCCCUGGAAGCACAGAGAGAAGAAGAGGAAACUCACCUGUUACCGUGCAGAGGGAGGAUGGUUCGGUCAAGCAGCUGCUGUGGAAAGGUGCCACACUGAGAGGUGAACUCUUCACCACAGCUUCCUGUCUCUUCUGACCGUGACGGGACAACCUGCUGCGUGCUUUGUGUAAAUACCUGCCUGGAACCGUGGAGUCGUGUGAUGCAAGUGGGAAAAAAACAAAACAAAAACGAACUUGAAGCUGUGGUGAAUAACCGUGCCAUCAUCUGCACCUCUGAACUAAGUGUUAGACAGCUCGCGCUGCUCGGCGCGGCGUCACGACUUCCAGCAGUACGACCAUCGGUGUUGUUUAUCUUUGCUUUUUUUUUCAGUGUGUGGACGUUAAAUACAAACAUGGCUGUGAUCAUAAAAGUGGUGCGUCGCACUUAUCUAUUGGGAUAUUUAUUUUCUUAUAAUAUAUUAUGACUUUUGUAAGAACUCCACAUAUAGAGAAAUGUCUACAUGUUAAUUGAGGCUGGAUUGAAAAUCUAUCGUAUUGUCAUAUAAUGGUAUAGUAUCUUAAUAGUUGCUGUUUUAUUGGAGGAGUUGUAUUUUGUGACUGUGAAGUCCUGUUUGACCACAGGAGGGCGCCACAGGGUCGUUGUUUUAUGAACCAGUACUCAGGGAUCUGCAGGGAUGUGAACAGCGAUCACUCGUCUGAACGGUCCUACGUGCCACAAAGACAGAUGUUUACUUCCUUUGAAACACCGACACUAUGUUUUACCCUUCCAAAAACAAAAAACACAACCUUGGUUUCUGUUUGGAAUGUGUGCUGUAGAUAAUCUGAUAAUCUGGAGAGAGUCGGGGUAGUGUGAGGCGAAGGGUGAACAGUGUACAGUUCAACACUCUGCUUCCAUUCUCAGAACCACUCGGUGUUUAAUCACUGUGCUUUCAUACCAGCCUGUUGAAUUUAGCAGGAAGACGCUUUUCUCCGCCUCUCUCUCCCUCUCUGUCUGUGUUUUUCACUCGGAGAAGAGAGCCGUCUCUGUAAUCCUCUAUGGUUCUUCUGCUUUAACUUCAGUCUCUCAACAUGAAUGUGGAAAACAAAACAAAAAGGGAACGCUCCUUCAGUGCAUGGCUGGCAACAGGGGCUUAUCGUUUAAAAAUGUGGUGCAUCUACUUACUGUAAAUACAGAACUCAACAUUU